AUGACGGCACUUCGAUCGCUGCUCCUGAGCGCCGCGCUGCUCGGCCUCGCCGGGGCGGACUUUCUCAUGGGCGGCCACCUGGACAACAAACGCGCCGUCCAAGCACCCACGGACGAAACCUCAGCGGGGGGGAGCUCGCACCUGGUUCUCGGGAAAUCGGCCGAGGACUACGACCUCGUGGCCGAAGAAAGCGGCGGCGCGGCCUCCACGACCUACCCGGACCAGGAACCAAGGUAUAAGCUGCCCUACGCGUUUGCCUUCAACGGCGGCAAGCCCUUUUCCCUGGAGAAGGACCCGAUAACCGGUAAGAUCGACUUCGAGAAGGCGCCGCCCGUCAAAGCCCUGAACCUCAGCGAGAGCUACGGUAGCGAGAACGACGAGGACGACGGCGAGGAUGAGACCGCGCGUAUCGAUCGGGAACCGGUUUACGGCAAGAUCGGCUACUUGGACGGCAAGCGCGUCGUUUCGAGCAACUCGAAGACCGAGCGCGUCGGGCCGAACGAGAUAAACCCCUACUCGCCGAGUUUUCACGAUUUUCUCAAUUUACCGGUCAAGUACAGCUCGGACAAGUACGAGCGCGAAAACUAUCCCCUCAUAUCGAGCUCGUACGCCAAUACCAAGGUACAAAGUGGCUCGAGUAGCUACAACAUCAACAAUCACAAGCCUUACCACCCGGACGACGUGACCAAGACGUCGAUCAACACGCCCACUCGUAAGGUCUACUAUCCCAAGUCUACGAGCACGACGACGACGACGAGGAGGCCGGAAACAACUUCGAGCACGACGACGACGACGACUACGACCACGAGCACCACGGCCCGGCCGGUCGAGAAAAAGCCGACGGCGUUAAAGUCGACGAAGCCAGUGACAACGACGUCGAGCACGGCCAAGGUGACCACCGUGAGGGCGAGUAGCACGCAGCCACCCGCAACUACGCAGUCGCCCAAGAUAACCACCUGGAAGCCACCGGCAAAGAGUACCGAGCGCUACGACGAGUACGAGGACAUGCUGCCGAUCGAAAAGCUCACGAGCACAAAGUUCAGUAUGUACCCGAUGGGCGAUAAGGAUCAAAAUGGCCACAGCAAUGGGCCGCAGAGUCCUACUCGCGUGACAACUUACGACUACAGCGACGGCUAUGACGAUUACGAGUCGUCGCCCGAAGAGCAGCCCCAAGAUCACCAUGAGCCGCAGCACACCCACAGCGUUGACAUCGUCCAGAGCAUCGAGCUCGAAGGCCCGUCGCUAACGACGACCACCACUACGACCACGGCGUCCCCUACUCCACUUCCCACAGGGCCGUCCUCUCCUUCUCCGUCAACGCCGAUCGUCCACCUGACCACCUCGAAACCGAUGAUGGUGCCGGUUCCCCAGCAGCCGCCCGUGACCUCGAUGCCCCUGGACAGCGGUGCCAAUGGCCACGCGCACGUGCCUCAGGUGCACGAGAACGUCAUCGACAGUCAUAGACCAACCGAGUUCUUCAUGGGCAGUAAUAACAACAACAACAACAACAACAACAACAACAUGCCCGUGGGCCACGGGAGCGUGCACUUUUCCAACGGGAUGAUGUUCGGCAGGCCCGGGAGCGUGAUAAGCGUCCUUCCCGAGAGCACGAGCAACGUCAUAGUGCCCCACGACCAGGACACGGUAUCCUUCGUCCUGGGCAACCGGCAGAACGUCGAGGGAAGCUACUACACCCACGGCGCCACAGGAUCGGAGGAGAUGCAGCAGCGGCCCUACGUCGUGCCUGGCAAUGGCAACCCGAGCGAGAACAACUUCCGGCCCAUCUUCGGCACGGUGUCGGUCGUCGACUCCUCGGCAGUGCCCGCGGCCGGCUACAAUACCCAGCAAUGGUACAGCCAGUCCGACUCCUCCUCUUCUUCUUCCACGCCAUCCGAGCUGGAGCCGAACCAGAACACCAAGAACCAGCCGCAACCGUCGGUCGUCUUUCCAUCGGCGCCUGAUAGUCAGGAGAGCAACGACCGUCACCACGUCAGUGCUGCAGUGCCAACGACUGCGCAGAACAAGGACGAGGUCAAGGUCACCAGUAUCGUCAGCUUCCCCGAUAAUAAUGGCGGUCCAAACAACAACCAGAACGACGAGCAGAACCCAAGCCAUCCGGCCGUCGAGGAGCACAUAAUAGUCAUCAACCAAGCCGACGGUUCGGUCAAAGAGAUCGGGCCCAACAGACAGAGCACUCCUGUCGAGAACAGCGUCGUCUUUGGUGGCAGUAGCGAGAAGAUCGGUAACAACAACAACAACAACAACAACAAUAACAAUCCGAAUCUGCCGCAAUUGUCGGAGAGCCUGACGCCGCCCGCGGAGGUCCACCAUCAGUCCCGGCCGGUGGUGCCGGCUGGCAUGAGCCAACAGCGGCCGCCUUACUAUUUCCACUACCAGCACGGGCCAAACGCGGCCAAGCCCUCCGAGUUCCCACCCAGACCUCAGAGGCUACCUCUGCCCCCGAGGCCGGAGCUCCCGCCCGUGGGCUUCAAGAGGAGGCCCAAUCCACCCCACGAUCCGAACCUGCCCAACAUCCUGCCCCAGUUCAGACCAAACGCCAAGACGUCCCACGGUCACCGUGGCACCGACAAGAUCGGAACCCUGCCAGCUCCACCUCAGCAAUAUCCGCCGAGUCGUCCACCACGUCCAGCGGUCUCGAUCCAGCCGCAGCCACCGCCGCACAUGCACCCGUCGCGCCGGCCCCAUCCGCAGGGUCCGAUUUCCAUGCCACCGCCUCACCUGCAACGCCUGAACCCACCACCACUACCGGUAGUAGGAGGAGGACCGGUUCACCCGAACCACCCACCUCACCCCAUGCACCACCACCACCAAGGUCCGCCCAUGCGGAAAAAGGACGAGCAACUCGAGAGCUUCAAGCGGUACGGGCGCCCGGCGGUCCCUCCGGUGAGGCCGUCGGUGCAGAAGCUCAGGAUGGAGGACGAGAUGGCCGGCGACCGGUUCUCCGCGGAGCCGCCCCAGGUGCCGCCUCGGCCCAUCAUCUUCUCGAAGAACCGACAAGACCACCAGAUGACCAAAGUCGCGACCCUGCAGAUGAUCCAGCAGAGGGGCGGCUUUGACGACGACAUCAUCAAGUCGAACCUGCCGCCGCUCUUCAAGGUCAGCAAGAACGACAGGGGCAGCGACGACAGCUCCGGGACUGCUGAUGUCGAUGGCGACAAUUCCACCCUGAGCAAUGAAACCAAUCGGCGCAAGGACACAAGUGAGCUCGACAACCGCGACACCAGCGUUGGAACGCCCGACAGCGCUGAUCCCGUCUACGUUGUUUACCCGGUGAACAGCGCGGUGAACAUCGGCAGCCAGGAGGACACGGUCGAGCGCGACGAGUCCGUGGUUAUCGGCACCCGAGGUCCUCACAGGCCACUGCCACCCGACACCCUGUCCCUGCACUACGACGAAGACGAAGAAAAGCCCAAAGGGGACAAGAGCGACAAGGACUUUUUGAGCAAGAGGCCGCACAACAACGCCGUCAAUUCCGACUUUGGGCCUCAGGCGGGCAUCUGGUCUGGGCCCAUUCUCAUCCCUAGCGACGAGCUCGAGGAGGAGCGGCGAAAGGAGGCGGAGGAAGCAGCGGCGGUAGCUGCUAGCAGUGACACGAGCUUCAAUGUGAUCUCGUACCUACAGGGCCUCCUGCCCUUCGGCAAAAAGAGCGACCAACAGAGCGCCACGAUCUCGGCGACGCUGCCACGACUGCCGCCCCCAGCUCUGGUUACCCAGUCGUCGAGUCCGAUCGCUUACGUCUACACACCGACGACGCCCUCGAGCGAGUCAGGCGACGACGAGGGCGACAACAACGAGGACGAGGAGUUGCUCGUCCGGCCUGGCGUGCGCAGGGAGGAGAAGCCAGUGCUUCUGCCCUCCCAGCAGCCGAGCAGCUCGUCCUCCUCGGCACCGUCGCCCCAGAGCUUCAUGGCGCCCUUCGUCGCGAGCGUCUCGGCCGAGAUGCCGGUGAAAAACGGCUGGAGCGUCGUCGUGGCGCCCUCGACGGCACAGCAGCCGGUCAACGGUACCGAGCGCUCCAAGGAAGAACAGAAGCCGACGUCGAACGGUAGACGGGAGGAUGAGCAGCAGCAGCAACAGAUGAGCGCCAGCCAGGAAAACGAGGCUCAGACCGAGAGGAGCGGCGACGAGAGCUUCGAUCCCGACAAGUUCAAGCCCCAGCUGUUCGGCGGCUUCAAGCCGAUCUACGAGUUUCCCGUGGGAAUGGAAGAGGCCGAGGACACUCCGACGCUGUCCGGUAGGGCUGCGACUUCGAGAACUGGCGGGAGGAGGCUUCUCGUGCAGUGA